AAGUGGUGGUCGUGGUCGGUCGGUUGGUCGGUGGCAGUUCGAGUCUGUCGUCAGGUCGAGAGACGUGUGGUUAGAAUCGACUCGUUGGCAACGUUCUCUCCGCGCUUCUACGUUUUCCUCCUUAUCGCCGCUGAAUUUCUCGCCAGCCGGAUGAAAUUGUGCAAUCGAGGCCUACGUUCACGACGUCUCUCAAUAUGGGUUAAAUGGUGUUUUUCGGACGUGACUCGACAAGAUCGACGAUCCGAUUCUACCUGUUGUGCGCAAACUUCGAUCGCCUGUGCAUUUCCAAGUGAAAAUUAGUGCGCGUAUCGCGUAAGUUUUUGUCGGAACGCAUCCUACCGAUCGAACGACAUUCGUUUAUUCGUGUAUUCGUUUCUCUUGCUCUACGUCCGGUACAUAGUUCUGGGAGGGAAUCGAAAGGAAUAUUGCUCGUUGCGAAUAAAGAAGGAAAGAAUAGGAGUGGCGGCAAGUUAGCUUAUCGGAAUCGAAUGAACCGUAUGCGUCGACGACGACGUCGAAGACGAGAACGACGGUAAUACGUAGUCGCUGAUGAUAGCGCAACGAAACACGGAUAAUGCGGCAACUACGUGACCGACCGAGCAACGUUCGCCAGUGCGAGAGAUCAAUCUCGACCUCCAAACGCUUUGCCGACAGUGUAGUCUCCAAGAGUUUACGCUUCGGAGGGACAAGAAAUAUUCAGGAAUGCCAUCCUUUUCCCUAUACAUACUUGGAACGUACUGUGAUGCCGCGAUCGUAGGAAACUUUGUUCGUUCGAUUCCUGCAAACGUCUACGAAAAGAUUCUUACGUAGGUCCGCGAGAAACCGUUAAUCGAGACUAGAUUGGAUCGAGCGAAGUAGGACAAAGUGCAAUAAUCCUACUUAAGGACAAAUUCGUGCCGUGUAUUUCUUCUAUCUUUCCGAUGCGCGGAAGAUCAAGGAUCUUCGGAAAGCGUUGUUUCGGAUCGGGAACAAAAGUCGUUGCUUCGAUCGAUCGAGCGUUCGAUUUUAAAUACGCGUAGACUAUUUUUCCUAUCCGCAUAAUUUACCUGGAUACUACCAUUCCGCGGUAGAAUAGUAUUACUCAGAAAGGCUGCAAUGAAAACUAAGUACCUUAUAACGUACCAAAUAAAUCCAAUAGGUCGUUCGUUUUGAUAAGAAUUUUAAGAAAACGUACAUAUUACGCGGGAGACGUCGGGAGAAUUUACAAAGAACUAGUUAAUCCGAUGUGAUUCGUCCUUUCCAUUCCUCCGUAUUCUCCGUAUUACGUUUGCAGAAAAAAUAAGAAAAUCCGACGAAGAUACGAAUUCCGUUUGUCGUUCGACGGUAAUCGACUGCAUCGAACAGCAGAGAGGAUCAGCAGCGAAGGAACAGCCAUGACUUUGGAUCGAUCGGACGAGCAAGGGCGCAUUUAGAAUACAGAAAGAGUCGUCGAGGUAUGUGCAACAAGUUAAGGGGAAGCACGUGACUGUUAGCUGCUAAAGCAAACAUCCGAGCAACAUAGAUAAAGUUGGAAGCGACGACCGCGAAACUUGAGGUACGCGCGCGCACAAGAAAAUAUGUACCUAUACUUGUACGUUCUCUUGCUGGCGACUCGCGAGAAAAAACUCGCUGGCCGAGUUUAAAGGAAACGUCGAACAUCGAAAUCGGCCGGUUGGUUAUGAAUUACACAAGUAAGAAAAAACUAGGAAAAACAAAAGGUGUACAUUGAAUUUCGUGAUCGUACGUUGCCGAACUUAUCGUCGAUACACGCCUAUGCCACGUCCUCCGAAACCAUAUAGGAAAUUUGCUCGAGUUUCCUAAAUAAUCUUAUCUUCGCGGAAGGGUGUAAAACCUUGAAUGACUUUUCCAUUCUGCGGGUUUGUCUUUCACUCGUCCGACGAGAGGACGAGACAAAUGCCCGUCGCUUCGGAAGAUUGGGUGCUGCACCCGGCUAAAAUAACCAGUUCCAUUACUACCGUCAAAGGUACCACUAUCCAAAGCACUACCACAGCUUGGAUGUCGCCGUACAGCAGAGCAUCUCCGUCCGAACGUCCAACUUCCAACAACAACAACAAUAAUGGAGUUGUUAUACUCGAAGGAUGUAGACCACCUGCUGCCACCACCGCUAGAAGGUUUCUCAGGUGGUUCAGCAGACUUGGUCAACCGCCAAUCGGAAAAUCAGGGGUGCUGGAGAUGGCGGCCACAGAGAGCACGAUCCGUUUCAGCGGCCAUACAUUGGACAAAGCUACAAAGGCCAAGGUAACGUUGGAGAAUUACUACAGUAAUCUGAUAGCUCAGCACAUCGAACGAAAGCAAAGGCUCGCGAAAUUAGAGGAAUCGUUGAAAGACGAGGGUCUGUCGGAACAACAGAAGCAGGAGAAACGGUUGCAGCAUGCUCAGAAAGAAACUGAAUUUCUUCGUUUGAAACGUUCCCGACUUGGCGUCGAAGAUUUCGAGCCUCUCAAAGUUAUCGGCAGAGGUGCUUUCGGAGAGGUACGACUCGUGCAAAAGAAGGAUACCGGACACGUAUAUGCGAUGAAAAUUUUAAGAAAAGCCGACAUGCUGGAAAAAGAGCAAGUGGCGCACGUCAGGGCGGAAAGAGACGUCCUGGUGGAAGCGGAUCAUCAAUGGGUCGUAAAAAUGUAUUAUAGCUUUCAAGAUCCUAUAAAUUUGUAUUUAAUCAUGGAGUUUCUUCCAGGCGGUGACAUGAUGACGUUGCUGAUGAAGAAAGAUACGCUUUCCGAAGAGUGCACGCAAUUUUAUAUCUCGGAGACAGCGUUAGCGAUCGACUCUAUACAUAAACUGGGAUUUAUUCAUAGAGAUAUCAAACCGGACAAUCUGUUAUUGGACGCACGAGGUCAUAUAAAACUCUCUGAUUUUGGAUUAUGUACGGGUCUGAAAAAGUCCCAUAGAACCGAUUUCUACAGAGAUCUCAGUCAAGCAAAGCCUUCGGAUUUCAUGACAUCGUGCGGAAGCGGAAGCGGCGGCGCGAUGGAUAGUAAAAGAAGAGCAGAGAGCUGGAAAAGAAAUAGGAGAGCUUUGGCUUAUAGUACAGUAGGAACACCCGAUUACAUAGCUCCGGAAGUAUUUUUACAAACAGGUUAUGGACCUGCUUGUGACUGUUGGUCCUUGGGAGUUAUCAUGUACGAGAUGCUCAUAGGAUAUCCUCCGUUCUGCAGUGAAAAUCCCCAAGAAACUUACCGGAAGGUUAUGAAUUGGAGGGAAACCUUGGUUUUUCCGCCAGAAGUUCCCAUUAGCGAGGAAGCUAAAGAUACCAUAAUCAGGUUUUGUUGCGAAGCCGAUAGAAGAUUAGGUGCGCAAAGAGGUAUAGAAGAACUUAAACUAGCCCCUUUCUUCCGUGGCGUCGAUUGGGAACAUAUCAGAGAAAGGCCAGCAGCAAUUCCAGUCGAAGUACGUUCUAUCGACGAUACUUCCAAUUUCGACGAAUUUCCCGAUGUGAAAUUGGAGAUACGUUUGACGCAACGGGGCACGCCAACCAAGAAAUAGCAACACUCUAUUUCUUGCUCGGUUUCGACCAGUCAGCAGCCUGACGCAACUGGAAUUCCGGCCUUGGUACAUAACCCGUACCCUCCGAUGUCAUCAACGGCAUCUCGAACGGAUGGUUGAUUCGUUUUAUCUUCUGAAUACGGUCCAGUCAAUCAUCGGCAGUCAGACGCUUUUACAUGUACAUACGGGAUGAGAAAUAGUCACGACGUACGUACAUAGAUACACGUUAUCGUAUGAAAAUGCGAAAGAAGAAGAAGAAGAAAAGAAAGAAGAGGUAGAAGGACAAGGAAGAACAUGACAAAGACGAUAAAAAAGAUCGUGUUGUUUUAGGACAAAGGACAAAAAAAAAAAGAACGGAGUGAUAAAUAUUCCGGAGACGAGCAGGUGCAAAAAUCGUUGCACAUGUGAUAAGGAAGAACCGAAAUAUUUUCAUGCGCACUGUAACGUUUUUAGCGAUGUCGCAAUUAUAAAACACGUUUGUUUUUCGUUCUAUCGUGAAUACUGUUUCCAUCCGAUCUUCGAUGCGUAGCAUAAUAAGAUCUCUUUCUCUCCCUUCCUCCCUCCUCUCUUUCUCUAUCUUUCUUUUUAUAGUAAAAACAUUAAUGGUAGGAGUAAAGAUGGAGCCUCGGUCCCCCGUGAUUCUCGCAGAAUGUGUAUAAUCUUUGUAUAGGGUUUCGGUCGAUGUCUUUUCUCUGUCUAACGAAGCACUGCUUUAGCUCUCGUUUUCAGCUCUCUUUUAAACGUUGUAUUUAUAGCUAGUACUGUGAUAUAAUAUUGUUUAAAAGUUUUGUACAAAAAUUGCCGUUUUGUCUGUUAAUGAUUACUGAACUUUACGAAUGUUGUAUUCUGUCCGAUUAUGCUUACGUUUCGUUCAAAAACUUUAAAUAUUCGUUGGUAUAAAAAAGGUAUUUUAUAUUUAUAUAUUUUUUGAGAGCUUUUGUCUGGAUAGUGUGCAGGAAUUGCACGAAAAACAAUUGGUGAAAUAUUCAACAGGAUCGAUCAUGUGUUUAAUCUCGUAGAUUUUGUUAGAUAGUUCAGAUUUUAUAUCGAUCAAUAGCAUCUCGCACGAAUAUUCGGAAAUUUGUAUCGGUGUACGACGAACAUUUUUUAAUUUGUUAUUUACAUGUAAUUGUAUAUUUUCGCUAUGAAAUGCUGUAAUUUGGAAUAAUCCAAUUACGAUGUGUAGGUAUCGUGGCACAAGCUUUUGCGUAAUUUUUGUGCUUUGUAGUUUUUUGUAUCAACAUAUGAUGUAUCAUUAAAUAAAAUGUAUUGCAGUUAAUUAACUAAUUGGAUAAGAGAAGAAUUACGAUGUAUAGAGAAUAAAGGGCAUACAGAAGGAGAAUCAUACAAGGUACCGGGUCUCUUUCUUAGAGAAAAUUAACAAACGGUUUUGUUCGUGCCUGAGCAUUAUGAAAAUUGUAAAGCUUUAAAAGCAGCUUAAACAAUGUAAAAACGGAAAAUAACGGAUACAUUCGUAAAAUUCAGGGCUCCUUCGUUGCCUUAUUAAGGUUCCUAACACGUAUACACACGCGCAGCCCAACCCAAAAACUACAGAAGGCGACGCUGGGUAAACCAUAGUUAGUAAUGGAACAAGAGAAAGGAAACGCUAAUUGAUGUAAUUUAGUGAUCGAUGUACAUACAUAUAUCUUUUAUAGUAAUUUUACAUUGAUUGAAAUGGAAACAAUUACACAGGGAUGUGCCAGGUUUCCGCGGUCAUCAUUUUCUCUCUUUCUCUCUUUUUCUUUUUUGCCUAUUUUUUUUUUUUUUUUUUUUUUGUUAUCCAUUUCCAUUUUACAUUGAAUUUUAAACGAGAAAUAACGUUUACUUCCGAUUCGCUCGAGUAAUCGUUAAUUAAUUUGCAUUUGCUAUCGAACUGGAUCGUAAUGUCGUUUGAGAGGUUGGUGCCCGAGUAUGUAGCACUAGCGAUUGGAUUAUGCAAAAUCUAUUGCACGCGGAGGGGAAAAGAACCACGUGCAUGGUGCAUAACACAAUCUCAGUCGAUGAAUGUAGUUUCAUUUCAAAUAUAGCUAUAUGCAUAUAUUUAAUUUAUUUAGCUAUAUAAGUAUAGCUAUACAUUAUGUAGUUUACCGACAGCCAGGGCACCGCGUUAGUAAUAGUACUAAUGAUAAAUAAGAUAGAAAACUUCUAAAUAAAUAACCUUAAGGUGGUAACGUACGAAAGUACGUACGUAUGUGCGCACGCUCGAGACGUAUCGCGUACCGGCUGAUAGUACUUGUAUCAAAGUUAUCUGCUCCUUCCUAGUACGAUCCGGCGUAUAUCCGUUAACGAAAUUCACGCAACGCGAUGUUGCUGCACGUAUAUGUAUGUGUUUACGAGGCGUUAGUUUCGUGUGUCUUUGUCGGCGAACACCUCCAGCGUACGAGUGUGGAGCACGAAACGAUCGUAACGCUUCGCGUCAUGCGAAGCAAGUAUUUCAUUCGUGCGAGUGUCGUGUCUAGAAACGGAUUACGAGCUAGAAAAAAGGUUGGGUAAAACGAUCAUCGUUGUAUCUCAAAGGUGUUUUACCUUUGAUUCUGUGAACGAGGAUGCCACGAUUCUCCGUACAAUUGCUUCUUAACUGAAUGUUGAUAAGGUGCACGGUCGGUGCUCCACGCUCUGAUGCUCGAAGCGCGAGUAGCCUUACGUCAUACGAAACGAACACACUUCGAUGUAUAACUUUACGAUACAGAGUGCUUAGAUUUAUGAAGUGCGACAGUUUUUAAAUGCAGGAAACACCAAGUAAAAAGUAUAAUAGCAACACUAUUUUUUGCACCGGUAGAAACGAAAACAAAGAACAGAAGGUGAAGAAGGUGUGCAAGUGUAAUAUAGAGGAUGCGUCGUAUUCGUGUGUAUGCGCGCGCGUGCGCGCGCGCGAAUCGUGUGAAAGAAACGGUGGCUAGGAACUUGGGAAUCAUCGGAGGAUAGGAGAAUCGAAGAACGAGUAGGGAAGGAAAACUGUAGGAGAAGAGUAAAGAAUAGAACGAGAUACAGAAGGGAUGAGAGGAGGGAGAGAGACGGUUGUUGCUGUCGAGUUCAGAUACUCUGACACCGAUAGAGAUACUCUGGCGUCCAAUGCUACUGAGUAAACGAACCAAGUAAUCGCGAUUUAUUUAUUUUGAAAAGAGUGUUAAAUAAAAUAAAACAAUAGCCACGAGAUGCCUUCGAUGCAGCAAAUGUUUGAUGCCCUGAGCAAACAAGAAUACGUGCGCGUUAACGCCGUAAAUAGGUUGGAAAAUUGUGUAAUCUGUGAAAUUUAGAUGAAUAUUAUGAAAACACAUCGACUCGAAAAAAGAAGCGUUUGCGAUUGAAAGUUAACCGAAGGUGACGUCACGUAUGCUUACAUACUUGUGCGACGAUUACUUGUAAUAACGAUUUUUUGUGAACGUACCUUAAAGGAAACUCCAAUAGAUUAUAUGAUAAUUUUCGUCGGUGAAUGUUGUAAAUAUUACGAAGCAUUCGAGUCGUAGCGUUGGUCGAAUUGUGUGUCGAAUAAAAAAAUCAAGUAAUAUUUCAUCAAAGUAUAUUACAACAUUGCAUUUCGACUUGGACAGAUGAUUUAAUUAAUUGUCUCUCGUAUCGCUGUAGUUUGCGUGCAACGAUUUUUAAUAAUAAUAAUAACAAUAAUACAAUAACAAUAAUAAUAAUAAUAAUAAUAAUAAUAAUUACACGAAGGAACGCUAAAUUAGCCGAGAAGUUUAAAGUUCGCAAUUAGUCGAUGCGUACAAUUGGACGAUCCGUUUGAAGCGAUCUCGUAACGUCGAUUAAUUUGAAAAAAUCGAUACAAGCAACCACUUUGCCUUUUCUUUUCCGAACAAGAAUAUUACCGAUACUAUCGUACACGUAUAUUUGAUACAUGGUCGAUUGGCCGUCGAACGUAUCGUAUAAAUAUCAUUGUACCUAUUUGCUUAGGAACAUGGCUUUUAAGCAACAGCAACACCGAUUCUGUCGAGUGUUUUCAGACGCGUUCCACGUUAGUAUCACGUGCGCGAUUCAUUUCGGUACAAUAAGUUACGCAUAUAACGUUUCGCGUUAAACUUCUGUCGUUUUAAAUGGAAAAUGAGAUAAGGAAAUGGCUGUUUUCAAACGUUUGAGCGUAGAUCGUACUUUGUCCAAACUAGAGCUAUCUGUUACUCCGUUGCUGUUUUUAUUUUCGUUUGAUCGCACUCCAUUGAAUCGAUAAGAAGUAAGUUUGCCAGGGUUCGCAUAACGUUCCGAUGCAUCGACACUCGGCGUCCUAUCGAAAAACGAUUGACAGAGAAUUCGUCGACGAAAGAUUCGUCACGUGACAAAUUACACGUAUGAUACGAAAUGCAAGUAAAUUAGCGAAUUCAGCGAUAUUUGAAAACUGUCUGGUCUCGAUCGAAUGCCACGUUUGUGUAGCUUUCAAAUUUUGUAAUCGAACGAUCCAUAUUUCCAGACGAAUCCACUCUUCUCGUCGCAAAUCUCUAUUUCUCUUUACGCCGAUGUAUCCUCGUUUGUUUGAUCGAUCGAGUCAGCUUCGCGUGUGUCGAUAAUUGCCGUCUUAUAUUCCUAAUAGGUUAGGUGUCAAUAAAUAAAGUAAUCAUUUUCACAAUACUUUAAAUCUCGUGAAAUCUUUUCAGCGAAAGAAUUAUUCAGAAUAUUCGAUUAGACGAAACGAACGAUUACGCGAAAUCCUUGGCGCUGUGACUUUCUCUUGGAUGCGUUUUGCUUUAUCGUUUCCGAUUGUAUAGUAAUUUCGAUCGUACGCGAUAUCUUACGGCUUGCGAUCGAUCAUCGUCUUUUUCGUCUAACGAUUUUGUUGAAAUUCACGCGUGAAAAAUUGAAAACCGCGUUGAAAGAGGUAGGUGUGUGUAAAUCUAGUUGCAGCAGCCUUGUAUCAUAAAAUUUAUUUUCGAAUGUCGUUGUCACCAAGUCGAAUGAAAAAUAUUUCCAGUCGAAUUUCUCAAAGUAUACAUACAUAUAUAUAUACAUAUAUACGGGAAUGUGUUAUGUCCGGUUAACGUAGAGGAAAGAAAGAAAGGACGUUGCAGUAGAGAAGAAUAUUUACAUUUUUUCUGCUUCGGUAGUUUUACACGUUAAAAUAAAUAAGGGCUUGAUAUCGAUAAGAUAGCUUGAAAAGAAAAAUAUUAAAAGAGGUAAAAUUCGUCUAAAUAGAAUGUUUAUUAUUUAUAUUACAUACCUAUAUUACACAUGACGUAAUUUUACGUCAACGGCUGUGAACGCGUCAAAUCACGCACUGCAUCGUCGGAAUCGCAACAAUCGUUGCAACAUUGUACUUUUCGCAUCGGAACUUUUAUUCGACUCGCUGUCUCUUUCCUGGCGACGUUCUCGCGUUAGAGACAUCAUCGCAGCUAUCCGAUUCGAUAUUCCAAACCACCGUGAUGUAUCGAUACAGGUGAUACGAAGUAAAUCGCUCUAUACUAUUAUUGCGCAUGAAAAAUAAAUAAUUAAAUAAGACAGGACGCAAGGCGAUGACCGAGGAGUGUUUCGUCCUAUCGUUAGUUUUUACCGUGUGAUUUCCAUUCGCGUCCUCGUUUGCAUUCACGAUCGCCCCGAUUGAUUUUCCACGUCUGCGUUCGAACGAAUAAGACGAACACGAACUCGAAGUCGCAGAGCCGGUCGAACGUUUUCGUUUGUUACAACGGUAAGUUUGCGCGAUUUGAUCGAGGGUUUGACACGGAGCAGUUUUGCAAACAGAAACGGGCAAAUAGAGGCGACGUACGAAGUGGAAUACCGCUUCUCAUGCGCGAUAUAUUACAGUGUAAUUAUAGAUAUUGUCGUUAAUAAAUUGUUUUUUAUUUUA